UAUUAACUCUUUAAUAUACAUAGUCAAAGUACGCAAUGGUAACUAAUAAAUAGUCUCUUCGACCUAUUGGAGUGCGGAGAGAAGAGAUACGCGCGGGAGGUACCGCCGUGGCAAUUGACGUAAGUUUGAGGAUGUGCGAUCGAGGGGGCAAAGGGAACACUUUCUAAACUACCGCCGGUAUCCCGAAGUAGAGAGCGGGAGAUAUUGCCCGGUAUUUAUAGGCCAUUGAGAGUGUAGAGCAGACAUAAUAGCGAGAAUUUGGUGCGAACUUCUUCUAUGUCAAAUUCUCACAGGGGACCGGUGGCUACGAGCGGAAGCAGGAGAAAAUAAAUAGCUUGUUGACCGCGCGUGAAGGACGAAAUCUGCGUUUUCUCCCGCGCGUAACACCCCCCUCAAUGCUCAAUCCUCUUACUCUAAUCGUUUCCUCCUCACUCAAUUGAAUCAUUUUCAACAAACAGAUACCUAAGUAGGCUAGUACCACUAUGGGUAGACGACUGUGACGUCACUGGCGCCGUACCCCCACUUUCUUAUCACGGCGCACAGCAUCACAGUCGUCUCCCCAUAGUGAUACUACGAGGCGAUCUCUCCCCACUACAGAUAGUUACCCGGCGGCGUUAUUAUAGCGACGUUACUCAUCUGGUUGUCGGUUUUAUUUCUUACGCCUUAUAGCUGUUUUAAUAAAAAUUUAUUUUAAUAAAACAUUUUUCACUCUAAUCAAGUGCUGAUAAAAUAUCAGGAGUAUUGCAAAAAUACGGACUCUUCUAACGUAACGAACGUAACGGUGAAUAUAGUGCAGUUAUUCUGGUAUAAUAUUGUUACGUCCGGCGGUGGCACAAGACACUCACGCGCACUCACGCACAACAAAUAAUUGAGCAGACUCUUUAAAAGAAACUGAGACGUUUAUUAGAACACGUCUGUCACCGAAACGAGGCUCCAGACGUCAGCAACAUAACAACAACCGUUGUCAACGAGCAACCGUCAACUCAUUACUAUCGAUUACAUAAACUAUACGGUGACACAUUACAAAUAUCGCACGAUCGUAACAAUAUCAAUUGUUUGCAGAUUACGAGAAAUGGAUUUCAUCUCUUUGGCACUAUAUACUCUUUGUGCAUUAUUGUGCAUUGUGAUUUCUCGAGUUCUAUUCUCGAUGGUGUAUUACCAAUAUGAUAUACGACAAAAACUUAAAAACAUUCCCCAAGUCGAUAGAUUUCCUUUUGGUUCAAUAUUUGAGCAAAUGAAUCGGCCGGACAAUGAACGCACGCAAAUGAUGUUAAAGUAUGUAGAAAAGACGUGUAAGCAAGGAAUAUUCAUACAAUGGUUUGCAGGCAAAGCUUUUAUAAACGUGUAUAAACCAGAAUAUUUACAGCUUAUUUUACCUAGCACCGUAAAUAUCACAAAAGGGUCUCCUUAUGUUUUGCUGAAACCCUGGUUAGGCAACGGACUUUUAUUAUCUACAGGUAAACAAUGGUUCCACGAUAGAAAACUGAUCGGAUCAACAUUCCAUUUUAGUAUAUUAGACCAAUUUGCUGUGAUCGUGUCUGAGAAAGCAGAAAUUUUGAACAAGUGUCUAGAAAGAAAAAUAGAGCAAGAUCCAGGGAAAGCUAUUAAUAUUUUUCCUUUUAUCCUCAAUGCUGCUCUCGAUAUUAUCUGCGAAACGGCAAUGGGUGUGGAUAUACGUGCUCAAGAAGUCGAAACCAAGUAUUCAUUAACAAUACAUGAAGUAUCCGAGUUAAUAAUGAAACGAUUCCUUCGACCGUGGUUUUGGAUUGAUUGGUUAUACUAUUCAACGUCUGUAGGAAAGCAAUAUAAAUUAGCCCUUGAUACAAUGCACGGAUUUACGCAAGAGGUGAUAAGAAAGAGAAUGGUUGAACGGCAAUUACAAAACGGCAAUAAAACGGAACUUGAAAAUGAGGACAAUGAAUCUGACAUAGGUAAACGGAAGAAACAAGUGUUUCUAGAUUUACUAUUAGAUCUAAACGCGAAAGAUGACUCCCCUCUAACCGAAGAAGAGUUGAGGGCACAAGUUGACACAUUUAUGUUUGAGGGACACGACACAACUGCUGUUGCAGUAAAUUGGACACUUUUUCUGUUGGGAAAUAAUCUUGAGCAUCAAGAAAAAGUUCACGACGAACUCGAACAGGUUUUUGGAGAUUCAAAAACACCAGCCAGUGUAAAGGAACUAUCUCUAUUAAAGUAUCUCGACAGAGUCAUAAAGGAGACGCUCCGAAUAUUUCCUAGUGUACCUCUCAUCUCGAGGGAACUAGUAGAAGACGUAAAAUUGGAUGAUAAUAUUCUUCCAAAAGAUUACACGGUUGUACUUCCAAUAUUACUUAUACAUCGAAAUCCGGAGGUUUGGCCAGAUCCAUUAAAAUUCGAUCCGGAUCGCUUUCUUCCGGAAAACUCAAAGCAUAGAAAUCCAUAUGCCUACGUUCCGUUCAGCGCUGGUCCGAGAAACUGUGUGGGGCAGAAAUUCGCUCUACUCGAAGAGAAAACUUUAUUGACUGCUAUUCUUAGAAAGUGGAGGGUGAAAAGUGUGAAAACACUCGACACGAUCCAAUUCGGUGGCGCUGUAAUUUUGCGGCCCACCGAGGAAGUGCUCGUACAUUUUACACCGAAAAAAUGAACAGUU